AUGAAGGUAGUGGUGGAGGGAAAAGAAGGCCGGAAAACGGGGAAAGUGACGCGCGGCGGGAGUUUCGAAGUGAAGGAGGUGAAGGAGGGAAAAGUGCGAGUGAAGGUGGAGGGCGGGAAGGGAAGGUGCGAAGAAAUCGAGCGGGAAAUUCGGAAGAACGAAGCGAAUCACGUGGUUUUGCAUUGUGAGGCGGAGAAAACCGCGGAAAUGGAGGUUUCGAGCGGCGGUUCUUUUGUGAUUCUGGCGAUAGCGAUGAUCGCACUGUUUGGAUUCAUGGAAAGAGAGUUGUUUUAUUGGAGUGUUUGUUGGAAUCAGGUGGAUUGGGGGAGUGGGGAAAAGGGGAAAAAAGUGGGGGAAACUGGGUUGUGGAAUGAAAUGGAGUGGAGUAUUCAUGAAUCAAGGAUUUGUGGUCAAUGA